ACAAUUGGGCGCUUCCAACUUUGUAGCCACAGUUUUGACCCCAAAAUUGUCUGAUGAAUAAAAAAAUUGUGGAUGUAGUGUGAUUUUGAGAGUUAAAACCUAAGCAACAAGGAUAAUCUGAAACACAGAAAAACUCAACGGAACAAAAGGAAUUUGUGCAAAACACUCUAUUGGUGUUAUAUGGCCCUACGUGGGGUAGCUUGGUGUAGAACUACAGUCCCUGGACACAACACCAGUCUAAUACUAGCCAAAUAUGCACACAGAGUUUGGGGAUGUUUUUAAACUGUUUACCCAUCACACAGACUUCGGGUGAAAUGUCUUGCCUACGCAGUCCUUCCGGCACUGUUGCUGUCUCAUUUCCAGUAAAGCAGCCCACAUGUUCAGCGUCAAACUCAUUCCUCCGACCCCACCUGACCCCUCCAGCUGUUCCUGCAACGGCCUUUGUGAUUGGCUGCUCCACAGCUGUUUUGGACCACCCGCUACCCAAUGAGACAGCCCAGGAGACGGCCCGAGAACACAUUGCUUUAAUUUGCGCUGGCGCUGGGUAUCACAUUUGGUGUGGAGUCCACUCAUGUUUCUUUGGGACUCACAGAGGUGAGGAAAGGCAGAACCUUGAAUUCUCUCCCAUGGAUUUAAACCAAAGUUGUCUGAGUGAGAUGUCCAGCUACAAGCGCGCAACAUUCGAGGAGGAGGGGGCGGACAACACAGCCGAUGGGGGCAUGUCACCUGACAGCGUGGAGGUGGGCUUCCGGAAGGGCGGCAUCCAGCUAUACGGCCCUCUGGGCCGGAGGACACAGAUGGAGGUGGUGCUGGCUGGUGUGCUGCUCGUCUCUCUGCUUGCCCUGUUCGGAUGUGCCAUAACUCUGGGCAUGCGUUACAACAAGGACCCGGAGCGGAGCUUGUGUCUGACGGAGGCCUGUAUCAGAGUGGCCAGCAAGAUCGUGGAGGCCCUGGACCGGAGCGCCGACCCCUGCCAGGACUUCUACCAGUAUGCCUGCGGGGGCUGGGUCCGGAAGAACCCGCUGCCCGAUGGACGCUCCCGCUGGAGCACCUUCAACAGCAUCUGGGACCAGAACCAGGCUGUCCUCAAACACCUGCUGGAGAAUGGCACGUUCAACUCCAGCAGCGAGGCAGAGAGGAAGACCCAGUACUACUACCUAUCCUGUCUCAACGAGCAGCACAUUGAGGAGCUGGGAGCCACACCCCUUAUUGACCUUAUCGCAAAGACAGGGGGCUGGAACAUCACAGGGCCGUGGGAUAAGGACAACUUCAUGGAGGUGCUGAAGACGGUUUCCGGGCCUUACCGCGCUCAGCCCUUCUUCACCAUUGGCGUCAGUGUGGACCCCAAGAACUCCAACAGCAACGUCAUCCAGGUGGACCAAUCAGGGCUGUUCCUUCCGUCACGAGACUAUUACCUCAACAAGACGGCCAAUGAAAAGGUGUUGAAAGCAUAUUUGGACUACAUGGUGGAGCUGGGUUUGCUGCUGGGAGGAGAUAAGAACUCCACAAUGAUCCAGAUGCAGCAAAUUUUGGACUUUGAGACGGCGCUCGCCAACAUCACCGUACCACAGGACGAACGCCGUGACGAGGAGAAGAUCUAUCACAAGAUCACCAUCGCCGAACUACAGCUCCUGGCUCCUGCGGUGGACUGGGUGGAUUAUCUAACCUCCGCUCUGUCUCCUCUGGAGCUGAACGACACUGAACCCGUCGUGCUGUAUGCCAAGGACUACCUACAACAAGUGUCUGAGCUGAUCAACAAGACCGAGCGCAGCCUACUCAACAACUACAUGAUGUGGAAUCUGGUGCAGAAAGGAGUGUCAAGUCUGGACCAGCGUUUUGAGAACGCCCAAGACAAGCUUUUGGAGAGCCUGUAUGGAACCAAGAAGUCCUGCACACCUCGAUGGCAGACCUGCAUAGGGAACACAGAUGACACUCUUGGCUUCGCCCUGGGAGCGCUCUUUGUCAAAGCAACGUUUGAUAAACACAGCAAAGAGAUUGCAGAGGGAAUGAUCAAUGAGAUCCGAACUGCCUUCAAAGAUGCUCUGGAUCACCUUGACUGGAUGGAUAAACAAACACGGCAAGCAGCCAAGGACAAGGCGGACGCCAUAUAUGACAUGAUUGGAUUCCCUGAUUUCAUUCUUGAACCCAAAGAACUAGAUGAUGUUUAUGAUGGGUAUGAGGUCUCAGAAGACAACUUUUUCCAGAACGCGCUCAAUUUCUACAACUUCUCUGCCAGGGUGAUGGCCGAUCAGCUCCGCAAGCCCCCUAACAGAGACCAAUGGAGUAUGACCCCUCCCACAGUCAACGCCUACUACAUGCCCACUAAGAAUGGCAUCGUCUUUCCGGCUGGAAUCCUUCAGGCGCCCUUUUAUGCCCAUGAUCACCCCAAAGCGCUGAACUUCGGGGGCAUUGGCGUCGUGAUGGGCCACGAGCUCACUCACGCCUUUGACGACCAGGGCAGAGAAUACGACAAAGACGGGAACCUUCGGCCGUGGUGGCAAAAUUCCUCUGUGGACGCAUUUAAGAAUCGCACCGAAUGCAUGGUGGAGCAGUACAAUGGAUUUACAAUCAAUGGGGAGCAUAUCAAUGGGAAACAGACACUGGGUGAGAACAUUGCUGACAAUGGAGGAUUAAAGGCUGCAUACAAUGCAUACAAGACAUGGGUGCAGGAGAACGGCGAGGAGAAGAGGUUGCCUGCGGUCAACUUGACCAAUGACCAACUGUUCUUCGUAGGAUUCGCCCAGGUGUGGUGUUCUGUGCGCACCCCUGAGAGCGCUCACGAGGGACUCAUGACUGACCCCCACAGCCCCCCGAAGUUCCGUGUCAUCGGCACCCUCUCCAACUCACCAGACUUUGCCGAGCACUUCCAGUGCCCCGGUGGCUCCCCAAUGAACUCGGGUCACCGCUGCGUGGUUUGGUAGGGCCAGCAUGGAGCGCUGGGGGGUGUGGGGGGGGGGCUCUGUUGGUGAAGGCUGCAUGAAGAACCAAGACGAGGAGGGAACUGUAGGAGCUGAACCCUCCGACUGGAACCUCAGACCCAUCAUCACAUUUGUGUUCAUUUUUUUUCUGUUUCCUGAUGCUGGAUUAUUUGUGGUUUGUGCAGAACAGGUACCGGAUGACCCUGAGGGAGGCAUGUGGAGAAACAUGUUAUCCGCUGGUGUGUUUGGGAUGGUUUUUGUCUUGUUUCACCCCAGCCACACUCCACCACCCCAGUGUCACACAACUCCCCCCCCAUUACUCAGUGGGCCACUAAUGCACGUUUUGUAUAUUAUUUGCUGGACUUGAAAAGAGGAGGAGCCACUAGGGGCUGUCUGCCCCACCCCCUUCCUCCGUUGCUGUCCUGCCUGGGUGCCCUGUUUACAGGUGAAAUUCAUGUACAUCACAGGAUGUGCUCAGGUCCCACUGUGACUUCACCAAAUGGACAGAAACAAUCACUGUGACCUCACGUUAAGUUUUGAAACCUCCCUGUGACGUCGCAGAAUGGAUUCAGCUGCCUCCGUGACCUUACGAGAAGCAUUGAAACAUCACUGUGACGUCGCAGAAUGGAUUCAGCUGCCUCCGUGACCUCACGAGAAGCAUUGAAACAUCACUGUGACGUCGCAGAAUGGAUUCAGCUGCCUAUAUGACCUCACAGGAAGCUUGAAACAUUACUUUGACGUCACAGUGUGGGUUCUACCACUUCUGUGAACUUAUAGGAAGUACACAAACUUCACUGUGAUUGACCAUUACAGCUACAAAGCUUCACCUCAAAUAUCCUCCCCAUUCCCUAUAUACUAUAGAAUACACCGGUACGUGGCUCUGGUAUAUUGACCUAUAUGGGGUGUCAUUUGAGAUGAAUUCAUUUAGACACAGCUCUCCCUCGAUUUCUCUGUUGCUUCACAGGAAGUGCACCCAGGUUCCUCACAGAUUCUACUCAGCUCCCUUUGUGAAGUCACAGUGAAUCCAGAGACGGUGUUUGUACUGUGACCUAACAGCUUUAAAAUGGCCUCCUAUGUAUCAUGUCCUACUACUCGUAUAAAAGCACUGGGCAGGAAAGAGCGUGACAGAAGCUUGUUGAUAUGCCUUGUCCACAUGUCCACAUGUUGCUCACAUUUCUUAAAAAUUGGUGGCAAGCGGCAUAAGUCCAUAGGAAAGGGGAUAAAGCCACUGAACAGUGUUGAUCCAACCAGGAGGAUGUAAAUGUUCGACCUUGAACACUGAUCUUGGUUCCGUUAAGCAUUUUCCCCACUAGUGGUUAACGCUGGUCUAAGGUCAGAAGCUGACCUUAGAUCUGCACUUAGGGGAUAUUUCACCCUUGAGCAACCAGAGGAUGGGCGGAGCUUGCUCUGGGACCUCCAGGCAGUGCUGGACUGGCCGUGACUCCAGAGGAAGGGACAUUCGCCACUUGCUUUCCUAUUGUGUUUUAGUUGUUGUUGCUGAUAUUGUUGUUGGCGUAUUCUGAAGUUGACAAAGUUAAAAUGAGACGCUCAUUUUUUUAAAACUGCUUUUGCCAAAGAUUUGUUUCGUUCUCACCGUUGAUUCUUUGUUUUUUCCUGUACGCUGACAAAGUUUGUUCCAUGGUUAACUGAGCCGCCUUAGAAGCCGGUCUGACGUUUAGUGUUCAGGCUUGAUUUUCAAAAGGACAGUCUGUGUGUUAGCGCGUGGGUGAGGGAGUACACCCGCGUGUGGGCGCGCACGUGUGCGUAACGCUUGUGCGUCCUGAUGCCUUUCAGGCUGCGCCUACGUUGAACCGUUGACCGUGUCAAGUCUGCUGCAGUGGUUUCACCUCACAUUCCCAGAAAAAAAACUGCACUCGUUUGAAAUGUCUGGAUACGUUGAGAAAAGGGGGCACGUUCCCGGGUCACUCCAGGGCGGAGUUCCCGGGUCACUCCAGGGCGGAGUUCCCGGGUCACUCCAGGGCGGAGUUCCCGGGGCGUGUCGUGAGGAAGGGCCUAUUCUAGCUGUGCUACUCGUGUUAGCCACUCAUGAGUCCCACGUACAUUGAUGCUGUCCACUUCAGUCUGCACUUUAAAACGUUUUGAAGAGUAAUUCACAGGAAGACCUGAUAAAUGUGUGGUUAGCACACAGGUACUGCACUCCAUACUCAACCGUACCCCACCCCACCACCACCCCCCCCAUCCCCAACACGGAACAAUCCCAUUGGCUCCUGAGAGGAGGCCACGCCAAUGUAAAACUACUGUAGUUCUUUAAUGCUGGUGGUGUUGCAUUAUCUAAUGUAAGACUGAGGUAAAUGAAGUCACUUGUAUUGGCUGCUGUACAGAAAUGCCUUUCAAUUUCUCAACAAUAAAGAUGCAUCCACCCAGUUCAUUAUAACGGUCAUCAUCGUACAUUUCGGAUAUCUAACGCGGAGAGUUGGUUAUCUGUAUUCUAACACAACACGUUUCUAUCUGAUCGCUUUUUCCACCCCAAUAAGUCCUCUGUACAAGGUUUACACAGGUAGGGGUCAUGAUUCUGAGGUCAUAAAGAGGUCCAUUAACAUAGAGGGUUGGUUGAGGGUUAGCCUUAAAUAUUUAUGUAGUUAUAUUAUAUAUAUAUAUAAAACUACAUAUAUAUAUUGCGUUUUAUAUAUAUGUGUGUGUGUAUGUAUAUAUAUAUAAAUGCAAGCAAAAAAGUUCACUUGAAAGUAAAAGCCUUUAAUUAGCCAGCUCAUGCCAUAAAGUGUCCUCUCUUUGGAACAGUGUUCUGUGUCCGUCUCAAUGACUCCACUAUUCUCUCAUUUCCUCAGGCUUCUCUGUCUUGUCAUACUCUUUGUUCGCAGUAUUACACCCUGUUAAGGAGAACAUCAUUUAAACGUAGAAACACAAAAAAACAACCACUGCUAUACCAGGCUCCUGGCUUAGACUGACCUAUGGUUGAGACCCGAUGGGGAAAUAGUGCUGCAAAACGAGUCUCGACUAGUUCACUAGGGCCCCACUUUUAGUCCACUUUCCAUUUGGUGUAUAAUGAACACUUCUGCCGGUCAGUACCUGCCUAGCAUCCAGCCGGGCCCCUCUCCACAUCUCUCAGUCAACAACAAAAUGAACAAACACUGCAAGCGAUCAGAGGCCCCGGGGAAGAAAAAAAAAAAAAAACGUGCCUCAGGACGGAUGACCAUUGACUGACAUGUAACACUGAUACAUCUGCCCAUGCACAUGCGCGUUAUUACACACAUAUAGCUAGCUGGUGGUCACGUCUGUCUUAAGUAUGUCAGUGUUGAUGUGUGGUGUUAGAUUGCCAGGCUCUCACGGUGGCUGUGGAGCAGACUGGCUGUUCAGCUCCUCUUGUCACUGUAUUGCAGGUUUUGGGCGUACUUCUGUCUGUUGAUUCAGAAGGUUCUGUGAGUUCAACGUUCCACUCAAAUGCCUCGGGUAGAACUGGAAUUACUUUGAGAUUUCAGCUGAUGUCCUGAAUUAUAAUGACUUUUAAUUGAAUUGACUCUAAGCCUGCUAUAUUCCCUGUAAAUGAGACCAUUAUCUGUGUCCCUGUGUAAUCGUGUCGUGGGAAUAUUUGCCUUAUUUAUAUUUUUGAGUUCUUGUUCCGAUUGGUAUUGGUACAUUUAUUUUAUUUUUUCUGUGACCAGGUGGGUUGAAUUCCAGCCAAGUGCUUUUUACACUUAACCCUUUACUGGGUUGAGGUCAGUUCCAUGUCAAUUCUGGGAGUGAACUGAAUUCUCACACGGAAACCUCUUCCUGAAUAUGACUGAAUUGAAAUGGAAAUGACUGCAAGCCUUCUGCAGAAACUUUUUUUUUGAGGGAUGUAUUAUUAUUGUUUUUAAUAAAAGCAAAUGCCCAGCUUUAUCUAGAACGGGGAAACCCGUUGUUCCCCAACUGUAGUACAAAAUUCUGCUGUAGUACAAGACUGCAAACAGAACAAAUGAAACUGAAAUAAAGGAGCUAUAUAUUA